AUUCCUCCAUCAAAUAUGUAACAAAGGCGGCCAACCAUCUUAUUCCGUGACAUCGAUCUUUUUUGAAAUCCCACAGAUCAUUAUUAUAUUCAACAAAUUUCCACUUGUACGCACCCACAUUUCACAGCUGGCACCAGCUUGCUUUCUUUCUCCGAUCGCUUCUCUUCCCGCUGCUGAGCUUUUUGGCUCCUCUCCUAACCUUUACUUAUCUCUCUCACGCGUUGCCCUCCUUCAAUUCCACCACCUCGUCACUAUAUAUACCCCUCAAUAGCCACCAAAGAACUUCACUCCUCCAAUCCCCAAAACCAACCAUUAAUCUAUCGUCACCCAAAAAUAACAGAGUUCUCUCCCACGUGUUUAUCUUGGCUAAAAUUAAUGGGGAAGCCUAGUCUGGCGGGUUUGGCCUUGUUAGUGGCAACAUGCACGAUCCUCGUCGGGACAGCAUUUGGCGGCGGCAGUAGUUUUAACGACGAGUUCGAGCUGACGUGGGGCGACCAAAGGGCCAAGAUCUUCAGCGGCGGCCAGCUGCUGUCGCUGUCUCUGGACAAGGUUUCCGGGUCCGGGUUCCGGUCCAAGAGGGAGUACUUGUUCGGGAGGAUCGAUAUGCAGCUCAAGCUCGUCGCCGGCAACUCCGCCGGCACCGUCACGGCAUACUACCUAUCGUCUCAGGGGCCAACCCAUGACGAAAUUGACUUCGAGUUUCUCGGGAACCUGAGCGGAGAUCCUUACAUACUGCACACGAACGUGUUCACCCAGGGGAAAGGAAACAGGGAGCAACAGUUCUACCUCUGGUUCGACCCUACCAGAAACUUCCACACUUACUCCAUCGUGUGGAAGGCUGAGCACAUCAUUUUCCUGGUGGACAACAUUCCGAUCAGGGUGUUCAAGAACGCAGAGAGCCUGGGAGUUCCGUUCCCGAAAAGCCAGCCGAUGAGGAUCUACUCGAGCCUGUGGAACGCCGACGACUGGGCGACGCGCGGCGGGCUGGUGAAGACGGAUUGGUCCAAGGCGCCAUUCACUGCCUACUACAGGAACUUCCAGGCGACCCAUUUGUCUUCUUCUCCCUCCACCUCCUCCUCCUCCUUCUCCAAUGGGGAUUGGCAGUCCAGCGAGCUGGAUCCCAACGGGAGGAGGAGGCUGAGAUGGGUUCAGAAGUACUUCAUGGUUUACAAUUACUGCGCAGAUUCCAAACGCUUCCCUCAAGGCGCGCCCGUCGAGUGCAAAGGCUCUCGAUUUUAGAAACUGAAAAGGAUAAUCAGAAUCCAAACGUGGUCUAAUUUGCUUGUGCCAUAUAUAUAGUUUUACAGUUCCCCUGUUUUCGGUGUAUGACGCUGUAAGAUUUGGAAGAUGCUUUCAGAUUGGAUUGUGUUCCUUAGAGUUGGGGUAAAAAAUGAACAAUAAUAAUGUAAUUCUUUGUAAUAUAUGAGAGCCAAGAAGCCGUGGCUUGUUUGUUAAUAAAAUUAUAUUUAGUUAUUUACUAGUUCCACAAAUUACACUAAACCGCAA